AGUUCCCCCUUUGCAAGAGCCCUCGAGAACAUGAGUCAACACUGAGAAAAGGGGGAUGUGAAAGGACCAGGGACAGACCCCAUGCCAGACACUGCUCAGGCUCACCAGGAAGGCUUCGCUCCCAUUUUCCAAGUGAUCAUUCCAGCAAAACUCCUGGAGAUCCCAUUCCAGGGACAGCAACUGGCGAGUGUGAGAUGAUGUGAGACCGCAGCGCGUCUGCUCCAGUGGAAUUCUUCAGGCUGCGAGAGGAAAGAAGCUGUGUGAGGGGAAGGAGAAGCAGCAGAGGUGUCACAAUGGAUACAUCCUCUGCCACGGAAAGAGCCAGCCCCGAUUGCUGGAGCCAAUCCAGUGGGAUGGCAUCUAACAGGAACUGGAGUGAGGACAACCCCUACAACUGGACCGACUGUGAAAGCAGCCACUUGAGCCAAGUCCCUGUCACACUCCUCAUCUGCCUCUGUGGGAUGGUUGGGAAUGGGGCUGUUCUCUGGCUCCUUGGCUUCCACAUCCACAGGAACCCCGUCACCAUCUUCAUCCUCAACCUGGCCAUCGCUGACUUCACCUUCCUCCUCUCCAUCACCAUCACUCUGGGGAUAUAUUAUGUCCCAGAGAGCCUCUGUCAUGAGCUGGGCUCACAGGGAGUGACAACUGUGCUGAACAUCAUCAUCUUGUUUGCCUUCACUGCCAGUGUCUACCUGCUGACAGCCUUCAGUGCUGUGACAGCUCUGUCUGUACUCCCCAUGUCCCACUGUCCCUGCCACCACUCUCAGCGCUUCCCAGUGCUCCUGUGUGCCCUGCUCUGGGUCCUCUCCUUCCUGCUCACCAUGACCCUCUACUCCCACCCUUCAGCACUCAUUGCCUUUGUCCUGAGCUACCUCUUAUCGGUGCUCACCCUGAUCUGCUCUGGUCUAGCCCUGCUUGUUUUCCUAUGCUGCUCAUGGAAACAUUCUCCAAGGAAGCUCUGUGCUGUGGUCCUUCUGGCUGUCAUCUUCUUCCCCUUCUCCACUGCUGAUUUUGGGUACUGGCUCUUGCUCAGGGUGUUUGAUUUUUCUGUCUUUGUCCUCAGCGCCUCCCUCCCGCUCGCCUGUGCCAACAGCAGCGUCCACCCUCUUAUUUACUUCUUGGCUGGGAGCUGUGCAAAGAAGUUCACACUCUCUGUUAGUGCUGCCUUCCAGAGGACUUUUGAAGAUGUGUCAGAGCCUCAAAAUAGAGACAACACAACCUGCACCCCUGGCAAAAGGGACGAGGCUGAAGCACAGCGGGUGGUUCCAGCAGCCACCACCAGACCCGUUCUCCUGGCAGGCCUGGAGGUCCCGUGUGCCAGGGCUCCUGUGACAGCCCUGUUCCCAGGAGCACCAGGAGGAGGUGGUGGGAAAGGGAGAAGGCGGCCACCUGGAGCAGGGUCAUUCACCAUGGAGGAGACUGACACAAGAAACCUCACUCUGAACAUGACUUAUGGAUCUCUGGACAUUGAGGAAUUUAUUAACAAUACUUGCUUGAUCAUUUCGUACAAACUGAUUGUUUUUGGGGGUGUCUGCCUGGGGAUUUCCCUCUGUGGGCUGGUGGGGAAUGGGAUGGUCAUGUGGUUCCUGGGCUUCCACAUGAAGCAGAGCCCUUUCACUGUCUACAUCCUAAACCUGGCUGUUGCUGACUUCUCCCUCAUCCUCCUGUAUUUCCUGAUUCUAUUAGCCUUUUUGACCUUAAAAGCAUUUUGUACUUCUUUGCUUCAUUUUGCUCCUCUCUAUUCAGAUUUUGUAUUUGUGGUUGGAUUUCUGUGCCACGUGUUUGACCUGAGCAGCCUGGGGCUGCUGACAGCCCUCAGUGUGGAGCGCUGCGUGUCCGUCCUCUUCCCCAUCUGGUACCGCUGCCACCGCCCCAGGCACCUGUCGGGCAUCGUGAGCGGGACACUCUGGGCCCUCGCCGGGGUUUUUGUCUCCGUACUGUACUUCACAUUUACCAAAGACUCUGAGGAAGUUCUAUCAGAUGUAGCCCUGGUGUUUUCCAUGAUUUUGUCAGUCUUGAUGUUGGUUUCCAACCUGUUCCUGUUCACCAAGCUCCGCUGUGGCUCCCAGAGACGACACCCAGGGAGGCUCUCUGUUGCUGUCCUGAUCGAAGUCAUUGUCUUCUUUGCUUUCGGCAUUCCUUUCUGCCUAGAGAUUUUCCUCAAUAUUCUCAAUUCUGAUGAAAUAAUCCCUGACAACACCUCUUUGCUGCUGGCAUUGCUGGACUGCUGCCUGAAUCCUGUGAUUUACGUCCUGGUGGGGAGCUGCCGGCGGCGCCGCUUCCAUUGCUCCGUCAAAGUUGCGCUCCGACGUGCCUUUGAAGAGAAAGCAGGGAAUGAGGAGAGGAGCCACGUGUGUUGGGACACUGUAGUGGAGGUGACCUCUCUGUAAGGCACUGCUGGUGAGGUGACCUGGAGAUGUGGCACCUCACAGACAGCCAGAAGUGUGGGGGCUUGAGGGCACGUGGCUCAGAGCCAGGGUAUCUGGGCUCGGUCCCG